AUGGCUGUGGUGGGCCACGAGAUGGCAGACUCAAAGGAGUCUGUAACCUUGAACGAGGUCCAGACCAACUUCUUGGCACUGCUCGUGAUCAGGUUCGAGGCCACUUCAAUGAAUAACCACCACACAACGUGGCCGACCAAGGCAGGACCGUUCAUCGUGGCACGCAACAGGCUCAAGACCCCGGAUAAGGCUCGGAUGAGCUUCCGGGUCUUUGUGGCCAGCAGCAUCAAGAGCAAGCCCGACAUCGACUUACUCCUCUCCCCUCCCUUCGGGCCAAGACACUCAUCAUUCCACGUCAUCUCGGAACAGGGUGAAUGUCUUCUCCACUCUCCUGAGCCUGGAUCAAAUUCAUCCCUUUCACGUCUCAUCAAGCGAAGUGCGGUUCUCGCGAACAUUUGGCCUCAGAGGAUGCCAUUGUGGCCCGGCCAGCGAAUCGCCCCCUUCCCGUCCUACACGGCUGGCGAGCCACGUCAGCAUGGCCAACUUGCCGAAUGCCGCACGGCUAUGACCCUUCUCACUAUCCUCUGCUUCCUGAAAAGCUGGGAGGUGCACGAGGUUCUCAUCACGUUUGGCAUGGGUCAUGUCAGCAUGGCCAACUUCCCUGUCAACCUUUCCAGCUACUUUGACGCGCCGAACUACCUUCUGGCGUCAGGAAAGGUCACCCUGCAGAGACGCCCAGAGAGGAUUUAG